CAAAAACUGGAUUAUUACAAUCGCUAACUGCUGGAUCUUACCCUCGGCCCGGCGGAGAGGAGAGUGACAGUCAUGCUGUUUCAGCUAGCCCAGAAAAAGCUGGACAUCUGAGCGUUUACCACAACCGAGGUACUCCCUAGUUGGCGUCAAACAUGUCGGAUAAGAUGUCCAGCUUCUUACACAUUGGGGAUGUCUGCUCCCUGUAUGCAGAGGGAUCCACCAAUGGUUUCAUCAGCACUCUGGGCUUGGUGGAUGACCGCUGUGUUGUCCAGCCUGAUGCUGGAGACCUCAACAACCCCCCAAAGAAGUUUAGAGACUGUCUGUUCAAACUGUGCCCCAUGAACCGCUACUCGGCCCAGAAGCAGUUUUGGAAAGCGGCGAAGCCUGGAGGGAACACCGACACAGUGCUGCUCAACAAGCUCCACCAUGCUGCUGACUUGGAGAAAAAGCAAAAUGACUCUGAAAAUAAAAAGCUACUUGGAACAGUAAUCCAGUACGGGAACGUCAUUCAGCUCCUUCACCUGAAGAGUAACAAAUACCUGACAGUGAACAAACGUCUGCCGGCGCUGCUAGAGAAGAAUGCUAUGAGGGUGAUGUUGGACACUGCAGGAAAUGAGGGCUCCUGGUUCUACAUACAGCCCUUCUACAAACUUCGCUCUAUAGGGGACAGUGUGGUGAUUGGAGACAAAGUGGUUCUGAACCCAGUGAAUGCUGGCCAGCCACUUCAUGCAAGCUCACACCAGCUUGUGGAUAAUCCAGGAUGCAAUGAGGUGAACUCUGUAAACUGUAACACUAGCUGGAAGAUUGUCUUGUUUAUGAAGUGGAGCGACAACCAGGAGGUCGUCCUGAAAGGGGGUGAUGUCGUACGGUUGUUUCACGCAGAACAAGAGAAAUUUCUCACAUGCGAUGAUCACAGAAAAAAACAAUAUGUUUUUCUUCGCACUACUGGACGGCAGUCGGCUACCUCUGCAACCAGCAGCAAAGCCUUAUGGGAAAUAGAGGUCGUACAGCAUGAUCCAUGUCGAGGGGGGGCAGGCUACUGGAACAGCCUGUUCAGGUUCAAACACUUAGCUACUGGACACUACCUGGCAGCAGAGGUGAACCCAGAGUAUGAAGAGGAGUGCCUUGAUUCUCGCUCUCUUCUUGAUUCAGAGCAAGAAGCCUUACGAGCACGUUUGAGAAAUGUCCAAGAUAAAGUCAUGUACACACUUGUGUCGGUUCCUGACGGAAACGACAUUUCCUCCAUAUUUGAGCUUGACCCUACCACCUUAAGAGGGGGAGACUCACUUGUACCCAGAAACUCAUAUGUGCGGCUGAGACAUCUGUGCACCAACACCUGGGUUCACAGCACCAACCAGCCAAUCGACAAAGAGGAGGAAAAACCUGUCAUGCUGCGUAUUGGUACAUCUGCACACAAAGAGGACAAAGAAGCUUUUGCCAUUGUGCCUGUCUCCCCGGCCGAAGUGAGAGACCUUGAUUUUGCAAACGAUGCCAGUAAAGUACUAGCGUCUAUUGCUGGAAAGCUGGAAAAAGGCACCAUCACACAGAAUGAAAGGAGAGCCGUUACGAAACUUCUGGAGGAUUUGGUGUUCUUUGUGGUGGAUAUUCCUAACAAUGGACAGGAUGUUCUGGAGAUCAUGGUUAACAGACCCAACAGGGAACGUCAGAAACUCAUGAGAGAACAGAAUAUUCUCAAACAGAUCUUCAAGCUGCUGCAGGCUCCGUUCACAGACAGUGGGGACGGGCCCAUGCUGCGACUGGAGGAGCUGGCUGACCAGCGUCAUGCACCCUUCAGACACAUAUGCCGCCUGUGUUACAGGGUUCUACGUCACUCUCAGCAGGAUUAUCGCAAGAAUCAGGAGUAUAUUGCCAAACAGUUUCGCUUUAUGCAGAAACAGAUUGGCUAUGAUGUCCUGGCAGAAGACACAAUCACAGCUUUGCUCCAUAACAACCGCAAGCUGCUUGAGAAACAUAUCACUGCUGCAGAAAUCGACACGUUUGUGAGCCUUGUCCGCAAGAACCGUGAGCCCAGGUUCCUGGACUAUCUGUCAGAUUUGUGCGUGUCAAUGAAUAAGUCCAUCCCUGUGACACAGGAGCUCAUCUGUAAUGCUGUAUUGGACCCAACAAAUGCAGACAUCCUUAUAGAAACUAAACUGGUGCUUUCAAGGUUUGAGAUUGAGGGAGCACCACUUGGAGAGAACUCUGUUGAGUCAGAGGAGGAUGAGGAGGAGGUUUGGUUGUUCUGGAAAGACAGCAAUAAGGAUAUACGUAGUAAAAGCAUCAGGGAACUGGCUCAGGAUGCCAAGGAGGGCCAGAAGGAAGACAAGGAAGUGAUCAGUUACUACAGAUACCAGCUGAACCUGUUUGCCAGGAUGUGUUUGGACAGACAGUAUCUGGCAAUCAACAAAAUCUCUGGCCAGCUGGAUGUUGACCUGAUCUUACGAUGUAUGUCAGAUGAGGACUUGCCCUAUGACCUGCGAGCCUCUUUCUGUCGAAUGAUGCUGCACAUGCAUGUGGAUCGUGACCCUCAGGAGCAGGUUACGCCGGUCAAAUACGCCCGGCUGUGGUCUGAGAUCCCCUCGGAGAUCUCUAUUGACGACUAUGACAAUGAUGGGACAUCAAAAGAUGAAAUUAAGGAGCGAUUCUCACAAACUAUGGAGUUUGUUGAAAACUACCUCAGAGAUGUGGUUUGUCAGAGCUUUCCUUUUGCAGACAAAGAGAAGAACAAGCUAACAUUUGAGGUGGUAAAUCUGGCCAGGAACCUGAUCUAUUUUGGCUUCUACAACUUCAGUGACCUGCUCAGACUAACCAAGAUCCUGCUGGCUAUUCUAGAUUGUGUCCAUGUGAACGCCGUUUUUCCUUUCAACAAGGUGGACAAAGGAGACGAGAGUAAAGGUAGUAAUGUGAUGAGGUCCAUUCAUGGUGUAGGAGAGCUGAUGUCCCAAGUUGUCCUAAGAGGAGGCGGCUUCCUUCCUACAACUUCAGCCAGCAGCUCGACUGGAGGCACAGUGAAGACUCAGAUGGAACCUGAGAAACAGGACAUACUGGUUAUGGACACCAAGCUCAAGAUCAUCGAGAUCCUCCAGUUCAUCCUAAAUGUCCGUCUGGACUACAGAAUCUCCUGUCUGCUCUGUAUCUUUAAGAGGGAGUUUGAUGAGAGUAAUUCCCAGAGUGAAUUAUCAAUAACUGGAGUAGUGGAAGGUCCAAGUAACAUGCCAGGUGCUUUGGAUUUUGAGCACAUAGAGGAGCAGGCAGAGGGGAUAUUUGGUGGAAGUGAAGAAAACACCCCUCUGGACUUGGAUGAUCAUGGUGGUAGAACAUUCUUGAGGGUUCUGCUCCACCUAACCAUGCAUGACUAUCCUCCUUUGGUGUCCAGAGCUCUGCACCUGCUCUUCAGACAUUUCAGUCAGAGACAGGAGGUUCUGCAGGCAUUUAAGCAGGUACAGUUGCUGGUCACCAGCCAAGAUGUGGAAAAUUACAAGCAAAUAAAGUCGGACUUGGAUCAGCUGCGUUCUAUUGUAGAGAAGUCUGAGCUCUGGGUGUAUAAGAGACAGGGGCCUGAUGAGGGCAUGGAUGGAGGGGAAGCACUUGCUGCUGAGCCAAAACAUAAAAAGGGGGACUCUGAAGCUGCUAACAAACCAAAGAAAGCAGAAAGCACAAGCAGUUACAACUACAGAGUUGUAAAGGAGAUCUUGUUGCGUCUCAGCAGGUUAUGUGUCCAAGAGGGUCUGUCAGGAAGGAAGAGCAGGAAACAGCAGCAGAGGCUUCUGAGGAAUAUGGGGGCUCACACUGUGGUUCUUGAGCUGCUGCAGAUCCCCUAUGAAAAGGGAGAAGAUUUACGCAUGCAGGAUAUCAUGAAGCUGGCUCAUCAGUUUCUGCAGAACUUCUGUGCAGGAAACCAACAAAACCAAGCCCUGCUCCACAAACACAUCAAUCUUUUCCUCAAUCCAGGGAUUUUAGAAGCCAUCACCAUGCAGCAUAUCUUCAUGAACAACUUCCAGCUGUGCAGUGAGAUCAAUGAGCGUGUGGUUCAGCAUUUUGUCCACUGCAUUGAAACGCACGGCCGCAACGUGCAGUACCUCAAGUUCUUACAGACGAUUGUCAAAGCAGAGAACAAGUUCAUUAAGAAGUGUCAGGACAUCGUCAUGGCAGAGCUAGUGAAUGCUGGAGAAGAUGUUCUGGUCUUCUACAAUGAUCGUGCUUCCUUCCAGACUCUGGUCCAGAUGAUGCGAUCGGAACGUGAUCGCAUGGAUGAGAACAGUCCACUGAUGUACCAUAUACACCUGGUGGAGCUUUUGGCUGUCUGCACCGAGGGCAAGAAUGUCUAUACAGAGAUUAAGUGUAACUCCUUGUUACCACUAGAUGAUAUAGUACGUGUGGUGACCCAUGAAGACUGUAUCCCUGAGGUGAAGAUCGCCUAUAUCAACUUUCUCAACCACUGCUAUGUGGACACUGAGGUGGAGAUGAAGGAGAUCUACACCUCCAAUCACAUGUGGAAACUCUUUGAUAACUUCCUAGUUGACAUUUGCAGGGUGUGCAACAAUACAAGUGACCGCAAGCAUGCAAACACCAUUCUGGAGCGCUACGUGACCGAGACAGUCAUGAGCAUCGUAACCACCUUCUUCAGCUCACCUUUUUCUGAUCAGAGCACAAGCCUUCAGACCAGGCAGCCAGUCUUUGUACAGCUGCUGCAGGGAGUGUUCAGGGUUUACCAUUGCCAUUGGUUGAUCCCAGUCCAGAAGGGCUUUGUUGAAAACUGUAUCAAAGUGCUCUCUGAUGUCGCCAAAAGCAGAGCAAUAGCCAUCCCUGUAGACCUAGACAAUCAGGUGAACAGCCUGUUUGUGAAAUCCAAUAACAUCGUGCAGAAGACGGCUAUGAGCUGGAGACUCACUGUUCGCAACGCUGCCCGCAGAGAAUCUGUAGUGACCACAUCGCGGGACUACAGAAACAUCAUUGAAAGGCUCCAGGACAUUGUGUCAGCUCUUGAGGACCGUUUACGGCCACUCGUCCAGGCCGAGCUGUCAGUUCUGGUGGAUGUGCUGCAUCGGCCUGAGCUGCUCUUCCCUGAAAAUACAGACUCGCGCAAAAAGUGUGAGAGCGGGGGUUUUAUAUGCAAGUUGAUCAAACAUACCAAACAGCUGCUGGAGGAAAAUGAGGAGAGACUGUGCAUCAAAGUCCUGCAAACGCUCCGAGAGAUGAUGACUAAGGAUAGAGGCUAUGGAGAGAAGCUCAGAACCUUUGAUGAGAUGGAUAAUCCUAAGCAGCUGGAUCAGAACCAGCCUGAGAAACUGUUGGCGGACCAGAAGAGGGGCGAGGCGUUGAGACAGAUUCUGGUGAGCCGUUACUAUGGCAACUUUCAUCGAAGUGGUGGGCGGAGGGACAGUUUGACGUCAUUUGGCAGUGGCCACCUCAGUCCAGUAGGACCAGGCAAAAACCAACCAGGGUUGGGGGGUCCAGGUGGUCUGAUUCGGGGAGAAAUGAGCUUGACAGAGGUGCAGUGUCAUCUGGACAAAGAAGGAGCUUCUGAUCUGGUUAUUGACCUCAUCAUGAACACUACAAGUGACCGGGUUUUCCAAGAAAGCAUCCUCUUGGCUAUUGCACUUCUGGAGGGUGGAAACACCACCAUCCAGCGUUCUUUCUUUUGCCGUCUGACUGAUGACAAGAACUCAGAAAAGUUCUUCCGGGUCUUUUAUGACCGCAUGAAGUCGGCCCAGCUUGAAAUCAAAGCCACUGUGACAGUUAAUACAAGUGAUCUGGGAAACAGAAAGAGAGACGAUGACAGCCAGGAGAAAGUUGUCCCUGUUCAUAAAAAAGCACGAGACUCAACAGUGGUCAUGACAGAGGAUGUGAAAGAACAACUACUAGAGGCCUCAUCUGCUACCAAAAAGGCCUUCAACUCUUAUCGGCGUGAGGCUGAGCCAGAGGACCAUUUUCCCUCAGCAGAUGGCCAGUCCAGCGCUGGCGACAAGAACCAGGAUGAGGGAGAGAUGAGCUUUGUGAUCGUUAUCAUGCAGCCUAUUCUUCGCUUUCUCCAGCUUCUUUGUGAAAAUCACAACCGUGAUCUACAGAACUUCCUUCGUUGUCAAAACAAAAAAAACAACUACAACCUUGUGUGCGAGACCCUGCAGUUCUUGGACUGUAUCUGUGGUAGCACCACAGGAGGUCUUGGUCUGCUGGGACUGUACAUUAAUGAGAAGAAUGUUGCCCUAAUAAACCAAACUCUGGAGAGCUUAACAGAGUACUGCCAGGGCCCCUGCCAUGAAAACCAGAAUUGUAUUGCCACUCAUGAGUCCAAUGGUAUUGACAUCAUCAUUGCCCUGAUUCUUAAUGACAUCAACCCACUCGGGAAGAAACGGAUGGAUCUAGUGUUGGAGCUCAAGAACAAUGCAUCCAAGUUGUUGCUUGCCAUCAUGGAGAGCCGACAUGACAGCGAGAAUGCUGAGAGGAUCCUGUACAACAUGAAACCGAAAGAGCUGGUGGAGGUAAUAAAGAAGGCCUAUCUUCAGGGUGAGGUAGAGUUUGAGGACACAAGGGAGGAAGAUAAUGGAGAUGAAGAGGAACAUGAUGCUGCAUCACCCCGAAAUGUUGGACACAACAUCUAUAUUUUAGCUCACCAGUUGGCGCGCCAUAAUAAAGAGCUGUCCAUGAUGUUGAAGCCAGGAGGGGCCAGCGGAGAGGGAGAUGAAGCCUUAGAGUUCUAUGCCAAGCACACUGCUCAGAUAGAGAUUGUGCGUCAGGACCGCACCAUGGAGGAGAUAGUAUUCCCUGUACCCAACAUCUGUGAGUUCCUGACCUCAGAGUCAAAGCUACGGGUGUACUACACCACAGAGAGAGACGAGCAGGGCAGCAAGAUCAACGACUUCUUCCUGCGAGCAGAGGACCUUUUUAAUGAGAUGAACUGGCAGAAGAAGCUCAGAGCUCAGCCAGUUCUUUACUGGUGUUCCAGAAACAUGUCAGUGUGGAGCAACGUCUCCUUUAAACUGGCUCUGCUCAUGAAUCUGCUAGUCUGCCUCUUCUAUCCACUGGAGGGGGUGCACGAAGGAAUGUUGGAUCCCCAUCUCUCUGCUCUGCUGUGGAUGGGAGUUUUUGCAACACUGGUCAUGGUUGUCAUCAUGCCCCAGCCACUGGGCAUUACUGCUCUGGUCAUUGUCACUAUUCUCCGUCUCAUUUUUUCUGUGGGCCUGGAGCCCACCCUCUUCCUUCUGGGUGCUUUCAAUGUUUGUAAUAAAAUCAUCUUCCUGAUAAGUUUUGUUGGAAACCGAGGAACCUUCACACGAGGCUAUAAAGCCAUGGUGUUGGACUUUGAGUUCCUCUAUCACCUCUUCUACCUCAUUAUCUGCUGUCUCGGGGUGUUUGGUCACGUCUUUUUCUACAGCCUGUUGCUGUUUGACCUGGUAUAUCGAGAAGAGACCUUGCUGAAUGUAAUCAAGAGCGUGACUCGUAAUGGACGCUCUAUAUUGCUGACGGCUGUGCUCGCUCUCAUUUUGGUCUACCUGUUCUCCAUCGUUGGCUAUAUCUUCUUCAAGGACGACUUCAUCUUGGAGGUGGACCAUAUCCCCAAUACAACCCAGAAAAGUGGAACCAGUCUGACUGGGGAGUUUAUGUCUGCAGGAAUUUGUCACGGAGGGAUUGACAAGAACUGCAGCAAGACCGCACUGGAGGAAGAUUUUGGGAGUGACGAUGAGGAGGACGACAUGGAACGGACUUGUGACUCUUUACUUAUGUGUAUUGUUACUGUGCUGAGUCACGGCUUGAGGAGUGGAGGUGGUGUGGGGGACGUUCUUCGUAAGCCUUCUAAGGAGGAGCCACUGUUUGCAGCCAGAGUGAUUUACGACCUGCUGUUCUUCUUCAUAGUCAUCAUCAUUGUCCUCAACCUAAUCUUUGGUGUAAUCAUUGAUACCUUUGCUGACCUGAGAAGUGAAAAACAGAAGAAAGAAGAAAUUCUCAAGACUACUUGCUUUAUUUGUGGUCUGGAGCGUGACAAGUUUGACAACAAGACCGUGACUUUUGAAGAGCACAUCAAAGAGGAGCACAAUAUGUGGCACUACCUGUUCUUCAUUGUGUUGGUAAAAGUUAAAGAUUCUACAGAGUACACCGGUCCUGAAAGCUACGUGGCUGAGAUGAUCAAGGAGCAUAACCUGGACUGGUUUCCUCGGAUGCGUGCCAUGUCACUGGUGAGCAGUGAUGCGGAGGGGGAGCAGAAUGAAAUCAGGAACCUACAGGAGAAGCUAGAGUCAACCAUGAAACUGGUGGCCAACCUGUCUGGACAGCUGACUGAGCUCAAGGAGCAGAUGACAGAGCAGAGGAAGCAGAAGCAACGAAUCGGACUUUUGGGUCAUCCCCCACAUUUGAACAUUAAUCCUCAGCAGCCUGCUUGAGAACCCUUCAUUACACUUUCACCAGUGACUGGGCACCCCACACGGUGUACCACGUUAGACUGAAAACUGCCAAAAAAAGUGUCCAGCACUUGUAUGUAUUUAGGUCAGAGCCUGAGUUUAUUCUUUACCAGAUACUCUUAGAAUAUAUUUCUUCAGCAGACAUGUUAAUGAGUGUCUUUGUAAAGUGAACAAUACUGUGUUGUUUGGAUGUGCCUGCAAGGGUGGAGUGUGGAUGAAGUGGCUCAGGACCUGAGAAGCCAGUCUUGUAAGUCUAAGAUGAAUGCACUGACUUCAGCUUUACUACUACCCUGACUACCGUCUGCGUUUGACCCCUCUGACAGCAUGCCAAAGUUCAGCUAUUGUUUCGGAGGGGGAUUUCCUAUCAAGUGUCCUUGUGUUGAGGUUUAAACCCUCAGUGUUGCACCAGCAAACUCAGGUCACAUGUUGAUUUGAAGGUUUG